AUGACAACCUGGUGGCCGAAACUUAUCGGUCCUACGGCUACUGUUGUUCCAUCAUCACCAUCGUCGUUACCUGCUGAUUUCGCUCGAACCAGCCCAGCUGUUGCUUUCUUGCCAUCUCAAACAAAUUCACAUCCCAUCACCCUACAAACAGCAUCACCACCAUCCCACAAUCGUUCACCUCAAAACAACUAUGGUAGUGUUUUGGCAGAUGCGAAUAUCGCUCAGCACAUUGCCACUAUGUACGGUAAGUAUUCACCGGAAUGCAUGAUUCUGCAUUCUUUUGCACAUUGCAUGUGUCUUGAUAAAAACCACAAGAAACUUAUCAGUUGCGCUUGA